CUUAUCUCGAAAUUCAAAUCAAAAUUACGCAGGGAUUUCAUGUUCCAGUUUUUGUCUGCCUUCUUUCAUCGUUAUUCAUUGACGGCUUUGUUGCAGCUAUUUGGUGCGAUCCUUCCAUGGUUAACCUUGAAGUUAUUGAACAUCACGAAGUGCACAAACAUCAUGGGAAGCUUGCUAAUGAGAGAACAAAGCAUCUUGCAUUUUACUAGAAGCUUACUCUUCAGGGUACCCAAGUCCUGUGCUUUCUAAAAUGAAGUCAGCACAUGGAAGUAGUUCCCUAUUGUAGCUGAGAUCUUUCUCUAAGUGUGCUGUUGCACAAGGCACAACUAAUGCCGUGGUUCAUGAACACUACCUCUGGGUUGACCUAUCCAAUGAUCGACAAACCGUGUAAU